CUCGAGCGGGCGCCAUGUUUGUAAGGAAGAAUUAGGGCAGCCAUCUCCGGCCACCAGCACCUCCCUCCCCCCGUGUGUGUGUCCUCUCGUUCUCCUGUGCCCCGGGCCUGCUCCUGCGAGCCGCCGCCACCGCCGCCGCCUCCUCCUCCCGCCCGCGCGGGGCGGCCGGGCUCAGCCUUGUGUGCAGCCUCGCCCUGCACUGAGUGCCCGUUAAGUGUCUCACUAAGUAACCGUGAGUGAAACCUUCAUCAUCUCUCCGCACUGAGGGACUCCUCCUCACCGAGCCGCCCCCAGAGCGGCUGUGCGCGCCGCCGCCGCCUCCUCCCUCCGCACCACGGGCAGCGGCGGUGUCCUGCCUUCCUCCACCUCCCUCCUCCUCCUCCUCACCACACCACAGCCAGCACAAUGGCCUUUGAAAGCCUGUUCUCCAAACCCCCAAACCCAGUUCUUGACCCAAACAUGCCCGACUCUGACAGGCAACAUGCAGGGGACGAAAGAGAAGAUGGAGAGCUAGAAGAUGGUGAGAUAGAUGAUGCAGCGUAUGAAGAUGUGAAAGAACAUGGUACAAAAGGUGAUGAUAAACAGAAAAAUGAAAAAGGACAUAGAAAAUCACGGAAGAAACGCAAAAAAGAGAAAGAAAAGAAAAAAUCAAAAAGGAGAAGACGGGAUAAGCAUAAGCAUAACUCUCCUUCCAGCGAUGACAGUUCAGACUACAGCCAUGACUCUGAUAUUGAGCGCUCAGAAAGAUCACAUAAGAAAAGUAGCAGCUCUUCAUACAGAGAUUAUGAUUCUUCGUUCAGUCAGCAUGGACACGUAUCAGGAAAUUACAUGAGUUCACAGAAAAUGCAACAUAAAAAAAAUGUGAAAAGUAAGGAGUAUGAUGACUACAGUCAUUACAGUGAUGAAAACUUUGGUAAUUAUAAUGAGGAAGAAAAGGAUGAAGAUUUUGCUGAUCAGCUUAAACAAUACAGGCAAGCUAAGGAGACCUCCAGCAGUGAUUUAGGACCUCCAUUUGCAAAAGAGCCGGUGAAAAAACAGGGGAUGAAAGGGGUCCAGAAAGGUAUUUCUCAGAGAGGUAAUAAUUACAAUGUUGGUCGAGGGCGUGGAAUGCAAAAGAAAUUGAAACGUAAGGAUCGUGGAAGAGGAAGAGGGGGCAAUAAAGGAUCUGACGGCUUUCAUGAGGAUGGCAAACCAGUGAAGAAAUGGGUUAAUAUGAGUCAGGAGUUCAUAAAUCAGCACACAGUGGAACACAAAGGCAAACAAAUCUGUAAAUAUUUCCUUGAAGGGAGGUGUAUUAAGGGAGAGCAGUGUAAAUUUGAUCAUGAUGCAGAGAUUGAAAAGAAAAAGGAGAUCUGCAAGUUUUACAUACAGGGUUACUGCACCAAAGGAGAGAAUUGCAUUUAUUUGCACAAUGAAUUCCCUUGCAAGUUCUACCACACAGGAGCAAAAUGCUAUCAAGGAGAUAAGUGCAAAUUUUCUCAUGCUCCCCUGACUGCAGAAACAAAAGAGCUGUUGGAUAAGGUUUUGAAUAAUGAGGAAGAGCCACAAAAUGAAGAUGAGAAAGAACUGGAGGAACUCAGAAAGCGUGGCAUAGUUCCUCUCCCUAAGCCACCACCAGGUGUUGGGCUUCUGCCAACCCCAGAGCAAUAUCCGUUUUCUGAGUCUGAUAUGGAAAAUUAUCAAGAUCCUUCAGGAGAUUAUAAGAAAAUACCAUCUCUCUUUGAAAUAGUUGUGAAGCCUACUGUGGAUUUAGCACACAAAAUUGGGAAAAAGCCGCCGACCUUCUAUAACAGUGGAUCACCUCCGAGACAACCAUUCCAGGGAAAUGACCCCCAUUCUCAGCAUAUGUAUAAUCCAGGCUCAAGUCCAGGGCCAGGACCUGGCAUGUCACAAGGACAUAAUGGACCGCCAGUGCACCCGGGUUCUCCUGGACAUCAUCCAUGCACAGGGCCUCAAGGCCCAGGAAUGCCACAGAGUCCGCCUAUGCAGGGUGUUCCACCAGGCUUUCUCGGACCCCAGAACCAGUCUGGUAUGCCUAUGCAAGGACAGCAGGGCGGUCCACCUCUCACACCACCAGGGCUCGGUGGAUCUUACAAUGCCCCAGGAGUUCAAGGACAUAUGGUGAAUAUGCCAAGAGAGAAUCAUUGUCCUCCAGGGCCACAAUACCAGCAGAUGCCUAGUGAACGGCAGCCGAAUAUGAAUUACGAGCCUAUCCAGAACCCAGCUGAUUUCUAUGACAAUUACUAUUCUCAUCAAGCUGUACAUAACUUCCAGCCAGCUAAUAACUCUGGUGAUGGCACGUGGCACGGAGAAUUUACAGAUCACCAGGCUCACCUAAUGGCUCAAGAGUCACAUCAAGGUGGAAGUGAGUCAGACUGCAUGAGUAGCCAUAUGGGCCAUAAACCAGCCAUUAAUGUACCGGAUUUUCUUCCAGCAAUGCAGAAGGCCCUUUAUGCAAGACUUAGUCAAAAGCAUCAAAGAGAUGGAGACUCUGUCAGCAGCCAGGGUCAGAGGGCAAUGAGCAAAGAUGAAGAUGACAAUGUCAACUGGUAUUCCAGUAGUGAAGAGGAAGAGGGGAGCAGUGUUAAAUCGAUACUAAAAACCUUAAAGAAACAAAGUGAAAACUUUAGGAAUCUACAACAACAUUCCACAGAGCAGCACAUGCUUGGUAUUCCUACUGAUCCAAGGCUGGCAAAAGAAAAAGGUGCAGGGCCUCAGGCUGACCCGAGACUUCGAGCCUCUCCAAGGUCCAACCCCAGAAAGCCUUCAGAAUCCACGUCCUUGGACCCACGGCUUGCACGAGAUCCCAGGAUGCACAAGGUCAGUGAGGGUGGUCGUGCCAGCUCAUCUCUUGGGGCAGCAAAGUUAGAUUUACACCAUGCGCACACUGGAGUUAAAGUCAAGCAGAAAGGGGUGGAUGAUGAUGAAGAGGACUCAGAAAGAGAACUGAGAGAACGAGCUUUUCUGAUACCGUUGGAACCUUUGCCUGGUGUGACGUUAAGGGAUCCCCGAUCUCAGCUUAGGCAGUUCAGCCACAUUAAAAUGGACGUUACCCUGAUGAAACCAAACUUUGCUAAGCAUAUUGUAUGGGCACCUGAAGACUUGCUCCCAGUACCUUUGCCUAAGCCUGAUCCUGUCUCUUCAAUCAAUUUACCUCUCCCUCCGCUCAUUGCAGACCAGAGACUUAAUAAACUAAGGAAUUUGAAAAAUGAUCCCCAUCCAAAUGCAAUGCCAGCUGACCCGCGACUAGCUGCCAAGGCAAAAAACAGCUUAGCGGGCAGGAGUGGCUAUUUGGAUCCGUCUGCAGAGUCGCAUGCCAGUAGCUCAAGCAAAUUAGGAGAUCCUCGCUUACAAAAAAACGUUGAUCCCAGGCUCCACAGACUGUUGAGUACAGACACGCAUCAUGGAGUUACAAAGGAUUCACACCCUCCGAAGUUUGACCCCCGCCUGGCCAGAUCUGCUGCUGGCUCAUCGCAGCCCACAGAAGCUGCGACUGCUAAACCUGACCCAGACGCUCUGCCUCCAUACGCACCCAAAUUAUCAUCGAGUGGUGUCAAGCUGGGAACUCCAGGCUCGAUACUGAGCGGUAUUAGUUUGUAUGAUCCGAGAGAUCACAGCUCAUCAUCGGACACAGCUCCAGCUAGUUCAGGAGAGAACGGAGAGAACCAGAAAAAAAGUAUUUUGAAAAAUUCUGGUAAAAAUGAACCCAGUCUCUCAGAAGAUUCCUCACUGCAAAAGGCUGCCUCGAAUGUGGAAAAAACUACAGAAGGAUCCACGGAAGCUACUUUGGAUAAAGCAAACAGCACCAGUAAAUCUCAGGCUAAACACUCCAGCGCUGCACCUGCGGUGCAUAAUCUUCCUAUCCAAGCUUUAUCAGGAUUAAUCAGACCACAGUAUAGUGACCCGAGGCAGGUCAGACAGCCUGGACAGGUAACUCAAACACAGGAAAAUGAUCCAAAUGGGGAAUCAGAUGAUAAGUCAUUAAAAGAUGUUUUCAAGACUUUCGAUCCAACCGCUUCACCGUUUUGUUAGCAAUUGAUUUUAAGUCUUUUUACUGUUGUGAAUAUUGCAGUUUUCUGCUGUUUUGUAACUGGUUUACCUCUUUGCUUUAUUUAUUUUUAAAUUAUAAUUAUCAACACUUUUCAGCUGCUAAUCUCAGAACCACAUGCAGUUAUACAGUAUGCUAUAGUGUUUGCAAAGCUGUGGUAUUUUCUAUAUAAUACUUUUCCAAUUUCAGGGAGACUAAUAAUUGACAUGUAGAAAAAACCCAUGUAUUGUGCUAGAGCUGAUAAAAGCACUUUCAUUGUAAAUAAGUCAUUAAGAAAGCCCCAAGACCUGUAUAUGUGUGAGCUGUCUCUUUCAUAAACAACAUUUAGAUAUGAUUGCCACAUUUGUAUGAUUGUAUAGAUACAAGCAAUAUUAUGUACAUUACUGUGAGAGACACUGUUUGACAAGGAUUGUCUGACGUAUCAAGCCAAACCUACUAACUGAUUAAAUCCUACGUAAAUGAUUUAAAAAGGAAAAUGUUGAUCCUCCUUUUCAGAUCAGUUGAUGUAAGACAUUGACAGUUUUUAUUCAUGCCGUCAAUAUUCUUAGUGUAAAAGAGACCUAUAUCGCAUAUUGAGGAUUAAAAAUGUCAUAUCUUUUAAAAGUAUUUUAUUCUAUGCUGUAUAUAGAAAUUGUGAAGUACAUAAGUAGAAAAAAGUUACUGUUAAAAGUGGAGAAUACUUAAGUUGUCUAAUACAAGAAAAGGUUUUUAUUUAAUUUUUUCACGCAUACACAAUUCUGAUUAGUGCUCUAAGUUACAUUGUGGUGUUCAUGUAUUUCAAUGUAUUUUUGUAUUCAGCUGCUUAAUUUGUAUUGCUUUUUUUGUAUUGAUGUAACUACAGUACUUGUAUUCAUGGUGUCUUUAUGACAUUUUUAACAAAAAAAUUAAAAAGGGUACAGUUAAAAUCUGGUAAUGACUGUGAUGUUGACAUGUUUGUAGCUGGUUCAGCACCGGGGGAAGGGCAGUGGGGUGUCUGAAGGAUGAAGGUGACUACAGCUGGUUUUAAUACAGUCACUACACCGCUUUACAGUUAGACAGUAGCGGGUUUUUAAACUAACCUUGUAGUGAAUCCCAAUGGAGUUAGCUUGCUGUGUGGUUCCAAGAUCAGACUGCUGACUUGGAGAAAGUCGUCAUUCUCUUACUACACUUACCAGCAUUGCUAUGAGAAAUGUCAUGCAUGUUCUUUAAUUUCUAAAGAUGUUGCAUGCCGAGAGCACAACUGUCUCAAAGCCUCUCUUGUUUUGCGUUUUGGGUUGCUUUUUGUAUAGGGAAAAUGUAGUCGUACCUAGCUAGCUACAUUUACAAUAAAAAAUUGCCGUCUGUUCAAUAACAAUCUGAUUCCCGCCCACUUGGAAUGUUUCUUUAUGUUAAGUGUCCUCCUUGGUGGAUGUUUUCUUCUUUGUUUAUGUUUGCUGGCCCAGGUAAUGCUUGUGAGUGGGACAGUGUAGUGUUUAUGACGACUUGUGUGGGUUUGGUUUCUUGUACCUGUGAGACAGUGAUCCAGGGUGGAAUUGAGAUGUCUUGCUUUGAUAAGCAGAGCCUGGAUGAAUGGAGCGAAGCUUCUGAUUUCUACAUGUGCCAAGACGUGGCAGAGGAGACAUUGCUGAAAGCAACAAUGGUUUCAGUUUGCCUUCCUAAUUUCCCAGUGUACACAUUGUAUUAAUUUUAUGAUACUCUGAAUCAUGCUCACUCAAAAUAAUUGAAAACUAGGUAACAGACACAAAGCUUUGUUGUUGAUUUGGAGUGAUCUAUUAGUCCUCCAUAAGUACUUCUGAUUACUUCUUCAUCUGGUGAUGAGUUUCGCUGUUCAAGAAUUUCAUCAGAAAACCAAGCCAGCAGAAUUUGACAGCAGGGAAAAACAAAUAGUUUGGAGACAGCUCAUGGAUUGAUAGGGGAACAAAGAGAAAGAGGGACAGUACGGAAGCCAAAUGCGUGGUUUCACAUUUAGAUGUGAAACUGAACUUCAGCUCCACCUUGAAAUUACUGCUUCCUGUAAGCUGGUGAUGAUGGUGUCAUCACUGAAUUAGAUUCUGUGUUUUUUUGAAAGUACUGGAAAAAUAAGAGUCAAAGGAAAAGGUUUGAUUCCAAGAACAAAACUACAUGCUUUACAGCUGAGGUAACUGAAGGAUUUUGAGUGGUUUGCCAUUGGCCUGGUUAUGGACCCAUUUGGAGUGGCAGGGUGUGUUCUUGUAGGGGACCCAGAGUGCUGGCUUCUCACCUUGGAGAUGCUCUGCUAUCUCAGUAUCUUUAAUACAAUACAAUUCUUGACUGUAAAAGUGCUACAAAGUAAGGAGCAAGGGUAAUCUGAAAGGGGCCGGCUAGUCCUUGCAGACCAUUGUCUCAAUGUGUAACUGCCUCCUUCCUUCCUUCUUCCCACAUCCAGCUGUACCCAGCCAGGAGGUCCCUGUGGGGCUUCCCUGCUGUGGUGUGAGGGUCUAUGGGCUGCUACUCUGCAUCUUUGCUCAUGUGUUCUUGCUGGUUUGUUCAUUGCAGAUUUCUUGCUGGAGUUUUUGCUUCCUCUGGUGUGCCUGCUACUACUGUGCACUCUCGAAAUGCGGAGAAGGUUCAUUGCUACAGUGCAGGGGAGUCUUGUUUCCGUCUCUACCGCACAUGCAGUAUGCUGGCACGGAGCAUUGUUUCCCUCAGACACUUGCAACUCCUACCCCUGAGGCUGUGAAGCCCAAGUGUGGACAGCAGUUACAGGAGCAGCUAGUAUCAUUGGUCCUGGAUACUUGGGAAGCCUGUGAGAACCUCCUGAUCUUUCCCUCCAGCCAGAUUUGCUGGUGUUGGUACAAGUGCUUUCCUGCAUCCUUCUGCUCACAUCUUGGGCACUGAAGAACACAGAAUAACUGGCAGGUAUUGAAAGUGAUAUG